AUGGAUGGCUGGGACGACGACGACUCUCACUUCGAGGGGGUUCAACCUAUUAUCAUUCUUGACGAUGACCGUGCUGUCAAGAAGGGAGCGGAGCUGAAAUUCGAAUUUGUUGGCACAGACUCUAGCGAGUUCAACACCGACAAUAUUAUCGACGAGGACAUUGGAGGUGGCGCCCUGAGGAUUCAAUGGGACAUGACCAAGGUCGUCCACGGCAAGUUAAAACCUGACGGUCCGCCCGCCACGCUGAUCGUCUUCCAAUUCGUGUUCUUACCACACGGAAGCAACAAUCGUUUCAAGAAUACCACCAUCACCGUCACCUUCUCGACAGGCAAGGUCCUCAAAAUUUCGCCCGACAAUCAGUGGACGACGCUCCCGUCUGAGAGGCAACAGGAGCGUAGCCACACCAUCAGUCCGGGCAUUGAAGCUGCGCUCGGCCCCGCGAAGGCCACGACUUCCUACACCUGGCAACAAAAAGAAACAGAAACCAUCAAAGGGCACGCCAAGGUCACGGGCGAGAUCACGGGCCGACCUUACAAGUUGGGAAGCGCGAAGAGGAAGAAAGACAUGGUUGUCUGGACCUUGUCCGAGGACAGUCAUGCCAAGACCGGUCUUCCCAGCCUGCUGGAAACGGCCUUGCUGUUGCAGCGGAAGCCGACUGAAGAGCAGCCGCUUGACGAGGAGUUCACAGCAUCUAUCAAAAUCCACGGGGAUGUGAAUCGGUCGGCGGCGUUCGAACAUAAGUUGCGGAACAUUGGAAAAUUGAUGUCUGGAGGCACGAGAGAGGGCAAAGACAUUGUUUUCCGUCCUCCGGCGGUAAACAGGGGUACGGCGCAGAAUCGUGAGAAGUUGGAGGACGAGGAUUUGGAGGCGUAUCGGCAUCUUAUUUCUGUCCGAGAGUGGGAAAACCCGGGAGAGGAGGGUGGACCAUCGCCGAGCGACAAGUCGGCCAAUGCACCUUCCCAGGUACAACCACUGACUCCAGCGUCGGUGCCGACAGCCGUGCCAACAUUCACCACAGCCCAGAACAGCAUCCAGGUAUCCAAGAUGGCUGAAACUGACAAAACUGCGGCCAGUCUCGCCAAUUUGACGUUGCCAGACACGCCGAUAACCCCGACGGCUCAAGGCGUGCCCCUUCAGAACCACGUCAGGGAAAUCACCGAGAUAGUGAAUGUAAAGAGCGAAAAACUUCCCAACUUGCGGGAACAGCUUCGCCUCGUCAGGGCGGAAGCAAAUUGGGUUGUCCGCGUCAUCGACCUACUAGCGGAAGAAAGAAGACUUUUGGACAGGAUUGGGCAGCUGGAAUUCCAAGGGGGCGCGACAAGUGAGGCGGAAAGUUGA